AUGACCAACAUUCGAAAAACACACCCACUAAUAAAAAUCAUUAAUAAUGCAUUCAUUGACCUCCCUACUCCAGCAAAUAUUUCCUCAUGAUGAAAUUUCGGCUCCUUACUCGGCCUCUGCCUAAUUAUACAAAUUCUCACAGGACUAUUCCUGGCAAUACACUACACACCAGACACCACAACAGCCUUUUCAUCUGUUACACAUAUCUGCCGAGACGUUAACUAUGGCUGAAUUAUCCGAUAUCUACAUGCAAAUGGAGCUUCUAUAUUUUUUAUCUGCCUUUAUGCACAUAUUGGACGUGGUCUCUACUACGGCUCUUAUAUCUUCCAAGAAACAUGAAAUAUCGGAGUAAUCUUACUCUUUACAGUUAUAGCCACUGCAUUUGUAGGCUAUGUCCUACCAUGAGGACAAAUAUCCUUCUGAGGUGCAACUGUCAUUACCAAUCUCCUAUCCGCCAUUCCCUACAUCGGCACUACCCUAGUCGAAUGAAUCUGAGGUGGUUUUUCCGUAGACAAAGCCACAUUAACACGCUUCUUCGCUUUUCACUUCAUCCUCCCCUUUAUUAUCCUAGCCCUAACAAUGGUCCACCUACUAUUCCUUCAUGAAACAGGAUCUAACAACCCUACAGGAAUCCCAUCUGACAUAGACAAAAUUCCAUUUCACCCUUAUUACACAAUCAAAGAUAUUUUAGGGGCCCUACUAUUAAUUCUAGCCCUACUUAUACUAACCUUAUUUGCGCCUGACCUACUAGGAGACCCCGAUAAUUACACCCCAGCAAACCCACUCAACACUCCAGCACACAUCAAACCAGAAUGAUAUUUUCUAUUUGCAUACGCAAUCCUACGAUCAAUCCCCAACAAACUAGGGGGCGUCCUAGCCUUACUACUCUCAAUUCUCAUUCUAUUAUUUGUCCCCCUACUUCAUACAUCUAAACAACGAAGCAUAAUAUUCCGACCCUUCAGCCAAUUCCUUUUCUGACUGCUAAUCGCAGAUUUUCUAACUUUAACAUGAAUUGGAGGACAACCUGUAGAACAUCCUUAUAUAAUCAUAGGUCAACUAGCAUCCAUCCUAUACUUUCUCUUAAUUCUAGUACUAAUACCAAUAGCUAGCCUCAUCGAGAACAAACUAUUGAAAUGAAGA